CUUUGCUGCGUCUUAGAUUGCAAAUGACGAAGUCAAUAAUUGGCUCAGAACUUGUAGCUUUUUCUCAUCAAAGAUUGUUCAACGGUUUAGCGUUUCUGAAGUUAAAAAGUUUAAUCAAAGUUAUGACUAAGUUCAAAAAAGGGUUCUACAACAGGAUCGUUCACCAACGGGAAAAUGUGCCCAUAGUUUCAGCAGACGAUUUAUGAGAUUUAUGAGAUUACUUGCCCAAGGGAAACCAUACCCAUGUCAAAUUAUUACCUGUGUAUCAACUAUCUAUCAAACUACAAGGGUUGAAGCUGUUGAAAGGAAGAACAUCCACUAUCAAUUUAAGACGGUGAUUUGUUAAAGGUACUAAAAACGUAUCACCGAUUUUUCGAGAUUUAGCAUGAAAAUUUGUCUCUUUAUACGGAGCCUCUACGCGGUGAAUAAGUGAAGGAUCUUGUGUUUGAACCUCGUCAUCUCCAAAUAUAGCAAUUUCUCAAAAUGAAAAUCUAGUGCCUUUUUACGAUAUUAUUAAUGAUAGCUACAAUGCUAUAAAAAAUCUCAGUCUCAGUACUUUUUCAAGCUACUUGAACUUCAUAUUUUAGUGUUGCCUGAUUA